UCACACACACGUGUGUUUCACGCACAACGUAACGUCAUGGGGCCCAGGGAGUUCCGUCAUAAUGUUAAAAUGUGAAACUUUGUGAAAGACGAGUGUUUAAAAUAUUCCUUGAGUGUGCUGCAUAACGGUUCUCAACAUGGCUCCGAUUGACGUUACAAUAUUGAAGGUGACUGAUCCAAGUCAUUUCUGGGCCAAGGAGGUACCUGGACCGAGCAUGACGCCCCAGGCCAGGCAGUUUCUUCUCUUAUGCCAAGAUAUUGAUGAAUACUGUAGCUCAGAUCAGUUUCAGAGCAUGCAUGUUUACCAAGCAAAGAAAGGAAUGGUUUGUCUUGCACGGAAGAUGCAAACUGAUCAUUGGUAUCGAGCUCGAGUAACUAGCAUCAUACAUCGCAAGUAUUUGGAAGAGGCUAGUUGUGUCUUAUUGGAUUAUGGAGAAUCAAUCCGAGUUCCUACGAGCAGAAUGCGUGACAUUCCAGCCUCGUUUCUUGAUGUACCAUUUCAAGCGAGGGAGUACGCCCUCUAUGACCUCCUUCCACUCACUCUUAAAGUGUCAUUUGAAGAAGAUCAGGCAACUAUGCAACCAACCACAAAAUGGGACACGGCAGCAGUGGAGUACUUUGAAGAAAUGUUAGCAGGUAAACCAGCCAAGAUUGAUAUCCACCAUACAAGACAGGAUGGUGUAUCUUUAGUCACACUGUACGUCAGUGUGGAUCUGAACCAGGUGAAUGUGAAUGAGGAACUAUUGAAGCUAGACUAUGCAACGAAAGGAGAUGUAUCGUCACUUCUGGAUGGUUCAAUUUCCGUUACACCAGAGAAAACAAGAUCACCGAGGUACUCUAGUUCAAGACGAUCUCUGUCUCCAAGCAGCGAAUCUGAUGUCCAAUCCACAACAAGCAGAAGAAGUAUUUCUAGUCCACCUACACCUCCGAUGGCUUCAGGCUCUGAUGGACUAAGGUUGAAAUCAAACAAACGGAGUGUGCCCAGUCCAUUAACAUCUCCACUGGCUUCAGAUUCUGAGAGACAAGGGUUAGACUUGGAAACAACUUUGGGAGGAGUUGUAGGGCUGUCUUCACAACAACACUCGCAGCAUGGUCAACCCGUAACCAAAUCCCCGAAGCAACUGUUAUCUCAGAUGAUGGCACUUAUGGAGAACACUAAGAAGACGGUUGACGUGCCUCCAUCAGCCAGAAACCUAUCUACACAAGCGCUUACUCAACCAUCUUCCAAAAGUCUGCCAUCAGCAAGAAACCAGUCUCCACAACCACUCACUAAGACAUCGUCCCAAACACCUGUUGCUCAAACCUCACCUGACAUUAAACAACAACAACAACCAAGAGAAGCAGCUAGUCUGAGAUUGAAAACGCCUUCACCGUUCAAAGUUGUACAGACCAACAAGUCAGGUGCUACGAGGCUCCCGUUUGCUGUUGGAGGUAAAUUCUCUCUCAUGCCAGAGGAGAUGGAUUCCCUAAAGCCUGGACAAACGAUCUGCCCACCUGCCGUUUUAUCGAGUGUCAGAAAAACACAGGAAAGGAGAAGUGGCUUUUCAUCCGAUCCAGAUUAUUACAACUCGUCCUCCGAUGAACCCACUCAGUAUAUGACCCCAGUGAUACCACAAUUCAAGGUCAUAGGUCAAAGACUUCUGAAUCAGAUUUCUUCCGGAAGUAAAUCUGUGUCCUCCUCUAUGGAGAAGAAACAGGUGCAUCAUCAAUUAGUGCAGCAGAAUUCCGGCAUACUGAUCCAUGGAGAUAGACCGCCUGCACCGAUGCUUACCAUUGAAGAUUCAUUCUUCCCUCAGGCUAUACUUCAGAAACUCACCAAGCUUGGUUAUCAGGGCCCUAGUGCCAUCCAAGCCUACUCCUGGCCUUCUAUUCUCAGAGGGAGGGAUACGGUGGGUAUCUCCGCCCCCGGGACUGGGAAGAGCUUAGCGUUUCUAUUGCCAUUGAUUGCACAGACAAUGCAGCCGACGACGUAUUCUUCAUUACCACCAGGCAAUGGGCCUCUGGUGAUCGUUGUAUGUCCAAGAUGGCGUCAAGCUGCUGAGGUUUAUGACCAGUGUGAGAGAUUUCUUCCAUCUCAACGAGGCAGUAAAGUUAUCUUGAUUCAUGGAGGAGGGUCAGAGGAAGAUCAAGAGGUCCAGUUGAUGAAUGGAUGUAGUGUCCUUGUUGCUACUUUACCUUGCUUGCUUAGAAUGAUCAAAGGAGAGCAUGCCAGCCUUCGCAGACUCAGCCACUUGGUCUUUGAUGAUGCAGACAUUCUUUGUGAAGAUUAUACAUCAGAGGUGAAGCAGUUGAUGGGUGAUUUUGGUUCAAUGUUAUCUAUGAGCGAUAGUAUUCAUCGUACUGCACCUAGACAGCUUGUUCUCUUUGCAUCACAAUGGACCAUGGCUAUGGGGUCAUUCGUCAGGAGCUAUAUGUCAGAUCCGAUCUUUGCUUGUACCUUCCCACUGGAGGCAGCAGUCUAUGCUAGAGUGCGCCAGGUUGUAUUAAGAGUUGAGCCAGACGGUCGAGCUGCUGUUAUCAGAUCACUUCUUGAAUCCAGAUCCGGACGAGUCGUCAUCUUCACUAAUAAAAAGGAAGAUGCACAGAAACUUCAAAAGCUUCUCUUGGGCGGUUACUGCUACUACACAUUACUAGCGUUCAAGGAUAUGCCAAGACAUCAUUUAGAGGCCGUCAUGAAAGAAUGGCAUACGGAACAUAAACAAGACUCUCUGCCAAUAUUGGUUUGUACCGAUGAUGCGUGCCAAGACUUGGGUAUCACUGAUGCUAGUACCGUCGUCCAUUUUGACUUCCCGCCGUCCAAACAGAAGUUCGGUCAACGUCUCAGUACGAUGAUGGACCACUUCUCAUCACAGCUUGAAAAGAGUAAGGUGUCAGACUGCAAGUCCAUUCUUCUCAUAUCCAAGGAGCACACGUUGCAUUCCCCUGGACUUGCAAAUCUACUGAGCAGGUGCAGUUUUACUAUUCCUACCCUGCUGAGAGUGGAAGAGGCCAUAAUGGAGAAGGAAAUGAGCAAGAAGUCCAAGUCUCUUUGCCACCAACUCAAGGCAUUUGGGAGGUGCAGGAAUGAGAAAUCGUGUACAGGGCGCCAUCAGGUGUUCUCAGACUUAGAUACGCCGGGUAGCCAAGCUAACCAUCUUCAUCUACCACCAUCAGGCAUUGUGAAGAUUUUAGUCACACAUGUUGUAGAUGCUUCAAACUUCUACGCUCGCAUACUGGAAUACAGAAACACCGAAGCCAGUGAUGCUGUUGCCAUGCCAACUACACAUCUUGACCUUGCCUUUGACCUUGCUUUGUGGUUCAGUGACCCAAACCACAAGGAAGCGUGUAGUUCUCAUAUGGCUGGUGACCUCUGUGUGAUUGAAGAUGGUCAGCACGUCUACCAUAGGGUCAGGGUGCAAAGGUCAAAGAGGACAGGAAGUUCAAUGUUUGAAGAGGAAAAAGAGGUACAAUACAUCGACCAGGGAAGGACGGAGCGGGUACCAGUCAGUAAGCUUCUAAGACUACCUGAUCAUUUAUCCAUCAUACCUCAUCAGGUUGUUGAGAUAGUUGUGUGUCGGAUUAAACCGCUGGAUGGCGACACUGAUUGGACGACUCAGGCUGGUUUCUUUGUCCAUAACAAGAUCCACGAUAAACAACUCGAAGGGAAGAUCAUUCUCAAUCUGAACAACACCCUAUGGGUAGACCCUCUAGUACAGCGUGUACAUCUACCAAGCCUCCAAACUACCGUCAAUAUUCAUAAUAUUAGACAAGAGUUACUCGAAGAAGGCUAUGCUGAGGAUAACCCAGAGCAUAUUACCAAUUUGAGGAAGAGAUGUGAAGGACGCUUGACCCUCCCUGACCUGGUGACCCCGUCAGGUCAAGAGCACAGAAGUCAACCUAUACUACUACCAGAUCCAAUCUAUCUCAAGAUAUCAGAUGAGUUCUACACAGUGUAUGUGUCGUCUGUACACACUCCAGGCUGUCUGUACAUACAGCUAGCAAGCUAUGCUAAAAGACUUGAGAACUUGAUGGAGGAAAUCAAUGCUAAAUGUCAGUCUGUUAAGACAGCGCCCUCACAGUCAAAAGACUGGCAACCUAAAGUAGGUGAAGUGUGUCUUGCCAAGUUCCACGAAGAUGAAAGAUGGAAUAGAGUCAGUAUUAGAGAGAUCUCAGGUGAAGGAAAGUAUGAAGUCUUCUAUCUGGAUUUUGGCGAUCAGGAAGAAGUUUCAAAGGAGUGGAUACGGCCUGCAUGGAAUACAAUUCUCCAGUUACCAUUCCAAGCUAUCAAGUGUAGUCUCACCAACAUCCGUCCUCAUCAAGGUGCUGAUUGGUCAGAUGGUGCUGGAGAUGCAUUAUGGGAUAUGUGUCUGGACGGAGACAGCAAGAAACUACUCAUGGUUAAAGUGGUAUCCGAGAAGAAACAAGACGCGGAGUGCAUCCAAUAUGAGAUUGAACUCUUCGAUACGAGCAGUGAACGAGACAUUGUGAUUGGUCAGCAGCUUGUAUAUGGUGGACACGCUUCUGGCACUGAGUCAUUCCUAGAGGCAGUGUUCCCAACUACAAUUCCAGAUGAUGAUACUGAGGUUCCCUUGACAACAGAAGCAGCCAAUCAGCUGUCUCAUCUCUGCUCGGAGAUCUUUCAAAUGAAGAAUUUGGAAGAGCAGCUUGAAUCAGCCAAACAGAUCAAGGAAUUAAUGAUGACAAUCUGCGAGUUGGAUUACGAGGUUGAUGUGACUCCGUUAUGUCAGCUACUAGUCUCGAUGAAGGACGACCAGUUACUCACUGAUACACUGGCUACUGGUCUGGUGUAUGGAUGCUUCAAAAAACCAAAAAACUGUGAAGUUGUUUGCAGAGUUGGAGGUUUACAUCAACUAUGCAGGCUGCUGCUUAAGACGGAUGAUGCUGGGCUUCAGGAAUUCAUUCCUUAUAUUCUAAUGAUGUCAUCAGGAAGUAAUGCAAGCAAGAAAAGUAUUCAAGAUUAUGGUGGAAUCCAAGCCCUGUGUAGACUUCUAGAUCAGUCAGUAACGAUUGCCGUCAUCAACCAAGCCAGCUCAGCACUAGCGUCACUAGUUGCUGAUAACACUCAGAAUCAAGAAGUCGCAAGCAAGGCAGGUGGAUUGAAAUCACUCUGCAAGCUGCUGGGUAUCGUUAAAGAUAAAGAUUGCUUGAUGAACAUGUUGAGGGCGCUAUCCAAGAUGGCUGCUCAUCUAGGCAAUAGAGAUUUGAUUCGUGAGGAGGGUGGACUUACCGUGCUGUGUGACUUUUUAUGGGAGACCAGGGAUAGUCCACUGGUUCACAUCAUUGCUCAAGCAUUAUCAGUGUUGAGUAGCAAUAACAUGGAGAAUCUACAAGCCAUGGCGGAACAGCAGAUGUUAGACUGUGUAGAGUGUCAGUUGAUGUGCAUGAGUCAUUCACAAAGCACACACCAAUUGCUAAGCACACUCCACGUCCGCCUCAUCAACUACACAAAGAAACACAUGACCACCGACGUCCAAGCAGACUUCAGCUUCUUCAGCAGCCAAUCAAAUCCGCCAUCUGGUGGAAUAGGCCAAUCAACAGUUGAGUAUCAGACAAAAGUCAUUGAUAUUCAUGAGAUUAAAGAGGGGGAGGAGCCUGUGAUUGAGGAGGAUUUGAACGAUAUGCCUCCAUUGGAAUAUGUGCCAGAAAGUGCUCUGCCGAGACUCCAUCCUAAGGUGCUAUGGUCCCAACGUUCAAACUCGGUCGUCCUCAGUGUACAGCUCAGAGGAGUCCAGACUUAUGACAUCAAACUGACAUCAACAAGCAUUAGUUUCAGUACUCUCGUAGAUGCAACUAUGUACGAGUUUAAGUUGAACCUUUAUGGUCGUGUGAGGGCGCCAGACCAUACAGCUGUCCCCUCAGGCAGUGAAGUGUUAAUCACGUUGUACAAAGAGAGCGUCGGGUCCAAAUGGUCCAGAUUGGCUGCCAACAAGAGCAAGUUGCCUUACAUUGGUGUGGAUUUCGAACGAUGGAACGAGGAAUCUGAUUCAGACGAUGAGGUUGAAGCUCGUUUUGGGAUCAAGAAGAAGACUUCACAUCCCAUCAAGCCAAAGAUGAAGAAAACUCCAAGCAAUAAAAUCCCAAUUGCUUCAGUUCCAGAGCUGGAUACAUCAGAAAGUUCCAAUUCUGAGUAUGAACUUCUGGAUAGCUCAGAGGAAGGAGCUGAGUUUAGUUAUGCUAGCGAUGAGAAUAAUGACCCUCUGAGUCAAAUUCAGUCAUCAUCGCAGUGAGGCAUUACAGUUAGCCUUUUUGAGAUGUGGUAGCCACCUAGCUGACACUAUAGAAGUGUACUGUCUUGUUUUGGUGGCAGCGGUGGGAUACUAGUGCCAUAGUAUUGCCAUAGUACAGCACUUUGUAAACGUGUUGGAUCCACAUACCUUGCAUGAAAAAUACUGAGCGCUUUAAGAGGCCCAUCGGGUAUGAUAAAGCACAAUAAGAACUCGGUGUUAUGGGUGUGUCCACCAUACUUUAUAAUGGCUUUGAGAAAUGUCUGACGUUUUAAAGUUUGAACGUCUGGAUAGCUCUGAGGAAGGAGCUGAGUUUGGUUACGCUAGCGAUGAGAAUCAUGACCCUCUGAGUCAAAUUCAGUCAUCAUCGCAGUGAGGCAUCACAGUUAGCCUUUUUGAGAUGCGGUAGCCACCUAGUUGACACUAUAGAAGUGCACUGUUUUGUUUUGGUGGCAGCGGUGGAUACUAGUGCCAUAGUAUUGCCAUAGUACAGCACUUUGUAAACAUGUUGGAUCCACAUACCUUGCAUGAAAAAUACUUAGCACUUCAAGUCGACCAUCGGGUAUUAUAAAGCACAAUAAGAACUCAGUGUUAUGGGUGUGUCCACCAUACUUUAUAAUGGCUUUGAGAAAUGUCUGACGUUUUAAAGUUUGAACGUCUGGAUAGCUCUGAGGAAGGAGCUGAGUUUGGUUACGCUAGCGAUGAGAAUCAUGACCCUCUGAGUCAAAUUCAGUCAUCAUCGCAGUGAGGCAUCACAGUUAGCCUUUUUGAGAUGCGGUAGCCACCUAGUUGACACUAUAGAAGUGCACUGUUUUGUUUUGGUGGCAGCGGUGGAUACUAGUGCCAUAGUAUUGCCAUAGUACAGCACUUUGUAAACAUGUUGGAUCCACAUACCUUGCAUGAAAAAUACUUAGCACUUCAAGUCGACCAUCGGGUAUUAUAAAGCACAAUAAGAACUCAGUGUUAUGGGUGUGUCCACCAUACUUUAUAAUGGCUUUGAGAAAUGUCUGACGUUUUAAAGUUUGAACGUCUGGAUAGCUCUGAGGAUGGAGCUGAGUUUGGUUACGCUAGCGAUGAGAAUCAUGACCCUCUGAGUCGCAUUCAGUCAUCAUCGCA